AUGGAGCAACAGGUCGCCGACGUGCCGGCGGCGGCGGACGGCCAGCGUCCGGCGCGCGUUCCGGUGCCCCCGACGCGGCCGCUCCUCAGCACGGUCGGGGCCUGCCUCAAGGAGACGCUGUUCCCGGACGACCCGUUCCGCGCCGUGGCGCGCGAGGCCGGCGGGCGCGGCCGCGCGUUGGCCGUGCUCCGGUACUUGUUCCCGUGCCUCGAGUGGCUGCCGUCGUACUCGCUCGGCUCGCUCCGGUCGGACCUCGUCGCCGGCGUCACCGUCGCCAGCCUCGCCGUCCCGCAGGGCAUCAGCUACGCCAGGCUCGCCGGCCUCGACCCCGUCGUCGGCCUAUACUCGAGCUUCGUGCCGGCGCUGGUGUACCCGGUGAUGGGGAGCUCACAGCACCUGGCGGUGGGGACGACGGCCGUGGGCUCGCUGCUCAUUGCGUCGAUGCUGGGGGAGGUAGCGUCGCCGGCGGAGGAGCCGGCGCUGUACGCGCGCCUCGCCUUCACGGCCACGUUCUUCGCCGGCGUCUUCCAGGCCGCGCUGGGCGUCCUCCGGCUGGGCUUCCUGGUGGACUUCCUGUCGCACGCGACGAUCGUCGGGUUCAUGGGCGGGGCGGCGACGAUAGUGUGCCUGCAGCAGCUCCGGGGGUUCCUCGGCCUCCGGCACUUCACCACCGCCACCGACCUCCCCAACGUCAUGCGCUCCGUCUUCUCGCAGUUUAGCCAGUGGCAAUGGCAACCCCUUGUUCUUGGAUGUUGCCUCCUCCUCUUCCUGCAAAUCACGCGCUCCAUCAGCAAGAAGCAUCCCAAAUACUUUUGGGUAUCGGCCGCGGCGCCAUUGGUGUCAGUCAUCCUCUCGACCGUUCUGGCCUUCCUCAUCGACGGUGAGAAGCACGGCAUUCAAACGAUCGGCUACGUCAAGAAGGGCAUCAAUCCGUUGUCCGUGAAGAGUCUUCUGCUCUCGUCGCCACACACGUGGCUCACCGCCAAGACCGGAAUCCUCAUCGGCAUCAUCGCCCUCGCCGAAGGGACUGCGGUGGCGAGGAGCUUUGCCAUGUCCAAGGGCUACCACGUCGACGGGAACAAGGAGAUGAUCGCGUUCGGGUUGAUGAACAUGGCCGGGUCCUGCACCUCCUGCUACCUCACGGCGAGCCCCUUAUCGCGGUCGGCGGUCAACCGCGACGCCGGGUGCCGGACGGCCGCGUCCAACGCCGUGAUGGCCGUGGCGGUGAUGCUCACGCUCCUCUUCCUGACGCCGCUCUUCCGGCACACACCGCAGGUGGCGCUCUCGGCCAUCAUCGCCUCCGCCAUGGCUGGCAUCGUCCAGCUCAGCGCCGCGACGCGCCUCUGGCGGGUGGACAAGGUCGACUUCUGCGUCUGCCUUGGCACCUUCCUCGGCGUCGUCUUCGGCAGCAUCGACAUCGGGCUCAUCGUCGCGGUUGGGGUAUUGGUUCUCCGGAUCCUGCUGUUCAUCGCACGGCCGAGGACGACGGCCCUCGGGAAGAUGCCGGACUCGACGGUCUACCGGAGGAUGGACCAGUACACCAUGGCCAAGGGCGUUCCAGGAGUGCUCAUGCUGCGCAUCGACUCGCCUAUCUACUUUGCCAAUGCGAGCUACCUGCAAGAGAGGAUCUCGCGGUGGAUUGAGGAUGAGGAGGACCGAAUCGAGGCCAAUGGAGAGGAGACCUUGCAGUGUAUAGUCCUGGACAUGGGUGCCGUUGCGAGUAUCGACUCGAGCGGGACAAAGAUGGUGGAGGAUCUCAAGAGGAACCUUGACAAGAGGAGCAUUCAGAUUGCACUCGCGAACCCGGGGAGCGAGAUCAUGAGGAAGCUGGACAAAUCGGAGGUGCUCCAGCUCAUCGGCAACGAGUGGAUCUUCCUGACGGUUGGCGAGGCGUGCGACUACGCGCAGAGCAACCGCAAGAUUAGAAUUGCUGCAUCUCCUGACGAGAUGGUAUGA